GUGCGAGAAUGUGCAGGGAAGACGAUCACGUCGGUCAAAGUCCACGCGGACUGCUUAUUUUCAUGUUGAUCCGGCCACUCUGAUCGCAUGAAGAGAAAGUAGUCCAGGCCAAAAACUCAAGGGAGAAAGCACAAAAACCUCUCAUAGCAGAUCACAAAUCAACAGUCACCUAACAAUCAACAAGAAUCACCAAGCUUACGCUUGACAGAAAAGAUACAGCUGUGGAAGUGGUGAAAUCGGUCUUUUUAUCUUUAAUAAUUCCAAAACAACUUAAAGACCAGACAAGCAAAGAAUUAAUCUAUUGAUUCUUUCCUUUGCUACGGUGCAUAAAGUAAUGGUCGGUGACUUGACGUUCAAUGCUCCAAAGAAAUUAAACGCCUUGACAAUGCUGCUACUCUUUGCUUACUUUAUUAUCUAUGGUUAAGGCCAAACAAGUGGGCGACGCACAGAAAUUCCACCGCACUUUUAAUUGAAAUUCCUUGGCGGUGAUGAAGGGACCCAGGCCAACACCUCCCGGUAACAUGGCAGCUAGUUUUCUUCACAUGUGUCCGGACAUGUCAUUUCCGUUACCACGUUUCAGGUCCUCUCUCGUGUUGACACUCUUGUCUUCCCUGGCGGUUUGCUCAGCUUUCCUGUCAGAGUUCCAACCCCGGCGAGAUUGUACCAACAACACCUCGCCUGUUUUGCCAGAGUCACAUCGUCUUCUAGCUAACACUUGCCCAAAAAUGGACAGUAAAAAUAGCAGCGAAUGCUCAAAAAAGGUUGUUGAAGUUUCACAAAUUAGAUGUGCAUUGGCAUUAUUGGAUGCUGACUUCUUUAAUGAUACUAAGGUGCAAGAGAUUGCAAAGGCUGCAAAAGAGUUCAAUAUUCCCAUAGUAAGAGCCAACAGAAAGUUAGUGGCUUCUAUUAAUGGUGGCCUGCAUAAUCCUUCUCCUUUGGUUUUUAAUCCUGAGUGGAGCAAGGAGCAAUCACAAGACAAGGCCGGUAGAUUUAAUCAUCCCUUGACUCUGGGCACUCGAAGACCAAAGAAUGAAGAAGAUAUAGCCUUCAUGAGUGUUCUUGAGCUAGGAGAACUCAUCAAGACAAAACAAAUUACUUCCAGGGAGCUUACAAGAAUUUUUCUGAAGAGAUUAAAGAGGUACAAUCCAGUACUUGAAGCUGUGAUUACUUAUACUGAAGAUUUAGCUUACAAGCAAGCUCAAGAAGCUGACAAAUUGCUCUCCAAAGGAGUGUAUUUAGGACCUCUCCAUGGCAUCCCUUACGGAUUGAAGGAUAUAAUCUCAGUACCUCAUUACAAUACAACUUGGGGUUCAACAACUUUCAAAAAUCAAGUGCUUAAUAUGGAAGCCUGGGUAUAUAAGAGGUUAAAAUCUGCAGGGGCAGUUCUUGUUGCAAAGCUUGUUACUGGAUCAAUGGCAUAUGAUGACAUCUGGUUUGGUGGUAGGACUAGGAACCCAUGGAAUAUUGAGGAAUUCUCUACAGGUUCAUCAGCCGGGCCUGCUGCCUGCACCUCAGCUGGCAUGGUUCCAUUUGCAAUUGGUUCCGAAACAGCUGGGUCCAUUACCUUCCCUGCAGCUCGGUGUGGAGUGACAGCAUUGCGGCCAACUUUUGGCACAGUUGGAAGAACUGGUGUAAUGAGCCUAUCAGAAAGCUUGGAUAAGCUUGGUCCAUUCUGUAGAUAUGCCGCUGAUUGUGCAGUUAUUCUGGAUGCCAUCAGAGGGAAAGAUCCUGAUGAUCAUUCAUCAAGAGACAUUCCCUUUGGUGACCCAUUCUCAGUUGACAUCACAAAGCUUACAGUUGGUUAUCUUGAAGAUGCUGACAAGGAGGUUGUUCAUGUGCUUGAGUCGAAGGGUGUCAAGAUGGUUCCUUUCAAGCUGAAUUAUUCUGUCAACUCUGUUCAAGGUAUCCUAAAUUUCACAAUGGAUGUUGACAUGUUGGCCCACUUUGAUGAAUGGCAACGCUCUGGGAAGGAUGAUGAGUAUGAAGCUCAAGAUCAAUGGCCUCUUGAAUUACGUCGUGCACGUGUAGUUUCAGCUGUGGACUAUGUGCAGGCACAAAGAGCUCGGGGAAAGUUAAUCCAAGAAGUGAAAGAAAGUUUUACUGUUGAUGCAUUCAUCGGAAAUGCAACUGAUUGGGAGCGAGUAUGCAUGGGAAAUCUUGUAGGUUUGCCAGUAAUCGUCCUACCGACUGGGUUCACUAGCAUAUCUAAUCCACCUUCAAAUGGUACUCGUAGAAGAACCACGGUCAACACGGGCAUUUAUGCUCCUCCGAACCAUGAUCACAUUGCAUUAGCAUUGGCAAUGGCUUACCAGUCUGUCACAAGUCACCAUAAGCAGCGCCCUCCCAUUGAUGAUCUUGGACCAAAUGACACAAUUCCGAAUCCGCCCACAGUUACCAUCCCUCCUAGACGCUAGCAUCAUAAAGAAAUUCUAUAUGCAAAAAAACUUGAGUGCUUACUUUGCAAUUCUGAAGCCAGCUCCAUCAUUUAACGUGAUGUUGAAGAAAAAUCUCAUGGAAAUGGAAUGAUUACUGAUACCCCCUCAGUAAAGCUAGUGGCAGUUGAAAAAACCUCUAAAAUAAAAACGGAAAUAAGCCCCUGUCGUGGCUCUUUUUCUCUGUU